AUGUUAGAACGCGUUCUUCAAAAUGGCAGCGCCCAUGAACUCGUUCGCAAACUACCGGUAACAGGGACUACUAAUACGGGUGAAGUUUCGCGAGAUCGCUAGAUUAUUUUUAUUCCGGAUCGGUAGAGAAAAUGCUGCGAGCUUCUCUCCGAGAGAUAUCUGUAGCACUAAAGGAAGGCCAAGUGAGUCCAACAGAGCUGUGUCAGAAAUGCCUCUCCUUAAUAAAAGCUACCAGAUUUCUUAAUGCUUAUAUCACUGUAGCAGAAGACACAGCAUUAAAACAGGCUGAGGCAUCGGAGAAGAGAUACAGGCAAGGUCAGAUACUGGGGGAUUUGGAUGGAAUUCCUUUUGCAGUGAAAGACAACUUCAGCACAACUGGAAUCGAAACAACAUGUGCAUCCAAGAUGCUAAAAGGUUAUAUCCCCCCUUACAAUGCAACUGUAGUUCAAAAAUUGCUGGAUCAAGGAGCUGUGCUUCUUGGAAAAACAAACCUAGAUGAAUUUGCCAUGGGCUCUGGAAGUACAGAUGGGGCAUUUGGACCGGUUAGAAAUCCCUGGAGUUACUCACGACAGUACAGAGAAAAGUGUGUGCAGAAACCCAGUUCUCAAAAUGAAGACACCAGCUGGUUGAUAACAGGAGGAAGCUCUGGAGGCAGUGCUGCUGCUGUAUCAUCUUUCACAUGCUUCACGGCCCUGGGAUCUGAUACAGGAGGAUCCACCAGAAACCCAGCCUCUCACUGUGGAGUGGUUGGCUUGAAGCCAACGUAUGGCCUGGUUUCCCGUCACGGUCUUAUUCCGCUGGUGAACUCUAUGGAUGUGCCAGGCAUCUUCGCCAGAUGUGUGGACGAUGCAGCCACCGUGUUGGGGGCACUGAGUGGCCAUGAUCCAAAAGAUUCAACCACAGUGCAGGACCCCGUCCACCCAUUUCAGCUGCCCAAUUUGACAGAUGUGAAGGAUCUUUGCAUAGGCAUACCAAAGGAAUACAACGCACCAGGAUUGUCUAGUCAAACUCUGGCCGUGUGGUCUAAGGCAGCUGACCUCUUUGAGAAAGCUGGCGCCAAAGUGAUUGACGUCAGACUCCCGCACACCUGUUACUCCAUUGUCUGCUACCAUGUGCUUUGUGCAGCAGAAGUAGCAUCGAACAUGGCCCGAUUUGAUGGCCUGGAGUACGGGCACCGCAGCAGCGCUGACAAGUCCACCGAAGCCUUGUAUGCAGCCACGCGCCGGGAAGGCUUUAAUGAUGUCGUAAGGGGAAGAAUUCUAUCAGGAAACUACUUCUUGCUAAAACAGAACUAUGAGAAUUACUUCAUCAAAGCCCAGAAAGUGAGAAGACUCAUUGCCACUGAUUUUGCAAAAGUCUUCCAUUCUGGUGUCGAUAUUUUGCUCACUCCAACAACUAUGAGCCACACUGUACCAUAUGUGGAAUUCAUCAAAGAGGACAACAGAACCCGCAGCACCCAGGAUGAUAUUUUUACUCAGGCUGCCAACAUGGCUGGGCUACCAGCUGUAAAUGUUCCUUCUGCACUUUCAGAGUCAGGCUUACCAAUUGGGCUGCAGUUUAUUGGCCGCGCAUUCCACGAGGAACAGCUUCUCACAGUUGCCAAAUGGUUUGAAAAGCAAGUGCAGUUCCCUGUCUUAGAGCUACAAGGGAUGAUGAAUAAUCUUGACACUGUCUCUCACCAGGAGAAGUCAGCAUUUUUUUCAUGAUGGGUUCAACUAUGCAGUGGG